AUAGCAAGUUUAUUUAAUUUAGGCCCCAGGUUAGCUCUCUUAGGUCAGUUAAUCAGCUGUGCCUGCAUACUGCUCUGCUUUGCUGUUUCACAGUGGUUGCCCAAAGAUGAAUUUUUCUAGCUUAUUACCUUAAGCUAGCUGCCUCUUAGUGAAGUCCUCAAGUCCAUUUUCUGGCCUGUUUCCUGGUGUUUGCAACUUGCAGUCCCCUUCUCCAUCUGUCACUGGCAGCAUCAGGGACUGACUGGCUGAAGCUUUCCUCUUCUGUCUUUGUGAUAAAUCUGUCUUCUGCUGUUCUCUCAAUAGAUUCCAGGGUACAGAACCUCUAGGGCAGAGCCUUCUGUUAGCCACUCGCUAAGACAGUUUCUCUAACAUGUUUUAUCAAGAUCAGCAAUCAUGCUUUCUUCCAUAUGGCCUUUUCUCCCUGAAGCAGCACAGUUCUACAGGAUGAAAGAUCUUACAGAUAGAGCCCUGGGUGUGCCACGCUUCCACAUUUCACCACCUAGCUGUAUAGUGCCUGCCCAGAUGUACCUGGGUGAUGACUGAACAGUUCACAACACUGUGUCUCAGCAUCUUGGCAGCGAGAAGAAUUUUCAAGACAAUUUGUAGGACUUUCAUAACAGAUUUUGGCAUACGUUACUGCUUUUGCAACUUGAGGGAGAGCCAACAUUGAAGCUUUGUAGGUCCUUCUGAUUUGCAAUAUCUGUUUUGCUGUCUGUGGUAUAUCAAGCAAAGAUAGCUGCUGGGGAGAUGGUAAAACAAGAACUCUGUUUUGGCUGCAAACUUCCUGUGAGCACUGACAUAGGGCUGUUAUCAGCCUGAUGGCAUCUGGUAGAAGUAUUCUGUUUUGUGCUUUUCAUGUUCUGCAGAGGCAGGUGCAGCUUCUCCUCAGCCUCCGGCUCCGGUUGUGAUGGCAAUUUCGGCUUAUUUAUUGUUUUUCUUCCGGAGAGCUGUAAGGGCGUACAGCCAUGCGGGCUACGGGAUGUGGGCAAACGGCACCACAGGGAGCUCGAGCAGUCGCCGUUUCUCUGAAGGGCAAGAGCGCUCCUCAGGCGGCGGCCGCCAUUUUCCUUAACGGCAAGGGAGCCGCGUUCAGGCGCCAUGGCAGCACCAUGGCAACGGCAGCCAUGUUAGGCUAGGGCAAACGGCGGCCCACCGAGCUUCCAUAACUAGUGAGGGCGAAAUGGCCGCCGGAAGGGGCGGCCGCUGCUGAGGGCAGCGCUGUGCGACAGCUCCCUCCGCCGCCUUUAGGAUUGGCCCAUCGAGGGUUUGCCUUCCGGAGGGCCUGAGGAACGCAACGGGAGUCGGUGGGUUGUUUUAGGGUGGGUGAGGGCGGCCGGGCCUAGUCAGGCUGCACCGGGCAGUGAGUGAGGCUGAAUCUGGAGAAGAGGAGCCUAUAUGUCUCAGCCACCAUGUCCGGAGCUGGCAAUAAACGGGCAGCUGCAGAGCCUGGCCCUUCUGCACCUCCAGAGAAAAAGGCAGGGGUUGAAGACUCGGGGACCACAGUGGAGACCAUUAAGCUUGGUGGCGUUUCUUCAACGGAGGAGUUGGACAUUCGGACCUUACAGACCAAGAACCGGAAACUAGCAGAGAUGCUUGACCAGCGGCAAGCCAUUGAAGAUGAGCUACGGGAACACAUUGAGAAGCUAGAGCGUCGGCAGGCGACUGAUGAUGCCUCUCUGCUGAUUAUCAACCGUUACUGGAAUCAAUUUGAUGAAAAUAUCCGCAUCAUCCUUAAACGUUUUGACCUGGACCAAGGCCUUGGAGACCUCUUGUCUGAAAGAAAAGCACUUGUGGUACCAGAACCCGAACCAGACUCAGACAGUAAUCAGGAACGCAAAGAUGAAAGGGAAAGAGGUGAAGGGUUGGAGCCAGCAUUCUCCUUCCUAGCAACCCUAGCCAGCAGUACUAGUGAGGAGAUAGAAUCUCAGCUGCAAGAGCGUGUGGAGUCAUCUCGGCGUGCUGUUGCCCAGAUUGUGACAAUGUAUGACAAGCUGCAGGAGAAAGUGGAUGUGCUGUCACACAAGCUGAAUAGUGGAGAUAUUUCAUUGAUGGAAGAAGCAGUCUUGGAGCUUAAUUCCUACUUGUCACAUGAGAAUGGACGUCUACAGGAGCUGGCUGAUCUUCUUCAGGAGAAGCACCGAAUAAUGUCUCAGGAGUUCUCCAAACUGCAAGAGAAAGUGGAGACAGCAGAGUCCCGAGUGUCUGUUCUGGAGACUAUGAUUGAUGACCUUCAGUGGAAUAUUGAAAAGAUCCGUAAGAGAGAGCAGCGACUUAACCGGCACUUGGCAGAUGUUCUUGAACGGGUAAAUUCUAAAGGCUACAAGGUGUACGGAGCAGGGAGCAGUCUUUAUGGGGGCACAAUCACCAUUAAUGCCCGUAAGUUUGAGGAGAUGAAUGCAGAGCUGGAAGAGAAUAAAGAGCUUGCUGGGAAUCGUCUCAAUGAGUUAGAGGAACUACGCCAUGAUCUUCAGGAAGUAACAUCACAGAAUGAAAAACUCAAGGUUGAGCUGCGACGAGCAGUGGAAGAAGCUGUGAAGGAGACUCCAGAAUAUCGCUGCAUGCAGUCACAGUUUUCUGUUCUGUAUAAUGAGAGUCUGCAGCUGAAGGCACACCUUGAUGAGGCCCGUACAUUACUUCAUGGCACUCGUACCACACACCAGCGCCAGGUGGAACUAAUUGAGAGGGAUGAGGUCAGCCUUCACAAGAAACUACGCACAGAAGUAAUUCAGUUAGAGGACACCCUGGCACAAGUCCGCAAAGAGUAUGAGAUGUUGAGGAUCGAGUUUGAACAGACACUUGCUGCCAAUGAGCAAGCAGGCCCGAUUAAUCGGGAGAUGCGUCAUCUCAUCAGCAGCCUCCAGAAUCAUAACCACCAGCUGAAGGGAGAGGUAUUAAGAUACAAACGCAAACUGAGAGAGGCCCAAUCUGACUUGAGCAAGAUCCGUUCUCGUAGUGGUAGUGCUAUUCUGCAAUCCCAGUCCAGCACUGAAGACACAAAGGAGGAGCCUCCAGAGAUCAAACAGGAGCCCGAUGACCCUUCUGCCCAAGUGUCUGCUCCUAAAGCUGCUUCUGAAGAAGCUAGUGAAGUUAAGGCCAGGCGAGAUGAAGAGGAACGGGAGCGCGAAAGACGGGAGAGGGAAAGGGAACGAGAAAAGGAAAAAGAGAAAGAGAGGGAGCGAGAGAAAGAGAAAGAAAAAGAAAAGGAGCGGGAGCGAGAAAAACAGAAACAGAAGGAAUCUGAGAAGGAGAGAGAGUCCAAAGAGAAGGAGAAAGGGAAGCAUGAAGAUGGAAGAAAGAAGGAGGCUGAAGUGAUCAAGCAGUUGAAGGCUGAGCUCAAGAAGGCUCAGGAGAGCCAGAAGGAGAUGAAGCUGUUGUUAGAUAUGUACCGCUCUGCACCCAAAGAGCAGAGAGACAAAGUGCAGCUCAUGGCAGCUGAGAAGAAGGCAAAAGCAGAGCUGGAAGAACUAAGGCAGAGAGUGAAAGAAUUGGAAGACAAGGAGAAAAAGGAGAGUAAAAAGAUGGCUGAUGAGGAUGCCCUUCGGAAGAUCCGAGCAGUGGAGGAACAGAUUGAGUAUUUACAGAAGAAGCUAGCCAUGGCUAAACAGGAGGAGGAGGCUCUGCUGUCAGAAAUGGAUGUCACAGGCCAAGCCUUUGAGGACAUGCAGGAGCAGAACAUACGGCUGAUGCAGCAGCUACGGGAGAAGGAUGAUGCCAACUUCAAGCUGAUGUCAGAACGCAUCAAGUCCAACCAGAUUCACAAACUGCUGAAAGAAGAGAAGGAGGAGCUGGCAGACCAAGUUUUGACACUGAAGACACAGGUGGAUGCCCAGCUGCAGGUUGUACGUAAGCUGGAGGAGAAGGAACACUUGCUACAAAGCAGUAUUGGAACGGGUGAGAAAGAGCUUGGUCUUCGAACACAGGCCCUGGAAAUGAACAAACGCAAGGCCAUGGAUGCAGCUCAGCUUGCAGAUGAUCUGAAAACCCAACUAGAGCUGGCCCAGAAGAAGCUACAUGACUUCCAGGAUGAGAUAGUAGAAAGCAGAGUAACUAGAGAGAAAGAGAUGUUCAACUUCAAAAGGGCUGAGGAAGACAUUUCUAGGUUACGCAGGAAGCUGGAAACCACUAAGAAGCCUGACAUGGUUCCUAAUUGUGAUGAGAUAUUGAUGGAAGAAAUCAAGGAUUACAAGGCCCGACUGACCUGCCCGUGCUGUAACAUGCGCAAAAAGGAUGCUGUCUUAACAAAGUGUUUUCACGUCUUCUGUUUUGAGUGUGUGAAAACACGCUAUGACACUCGACAGCGUAAGUGCCCAAAGUGCAAUGCUGCCUUUGGUGCCAAUGACUUCCACAGGAUCUACAUUGGUUGAUUCUUUCCAUUGGAAUCCGAAACCUUCUGCUUAUGCUGUCCAACCCAGCCUCCCUCCCUUUCUCUAACUGGCACCUUUGGGGCAGUCUGCAGCGUCCUUAGGGAAUGCUUAAAAAAAAAAACACCACAAAAAAGGUAGUGGACCUCAGUUCCUUUCUUGUCCCUUUUUGUUUAUCUUCAGUUUUUGUGGAUUGCUUCUUUUUAUGGUUCAGAGGACGCUUUCCAUUUUAUCACUUUCAUACUGUCAAGUUGGAAACGUCUAGCUGAAGCCUUGUGUUGAUGGCAUGGAAGGGCUCUGCAGCACAAUAAAUGAGGUCUUUAUUUGAAGAAUUUGCUGUUUUUUGAAUUUCAAAUCAUGUCAGUAUGAUGGCAUUGCUAAGUGUGAAUAUCCAAUAACCAAGAAUGAACUGGUCUACAUAUGUAGUGGAAUGACUUACAGAAUUGCUUAGGUCGGAAGGGAUCUUAGGAGCCUUCCUGUUUUUAGCACCCUGCCAGGGGCUGGUUUCCCUCCACACCAGGCGGCCUGGGGCCCUAUUUGACCUGGCCUUGGAUGCCUUCAGGGAUGGGGCAUCCACGGCUUCUCUGAGCAGCCUGUUGCAGUGCUUCACAGCCCUCUGAGUGAAGAAUUUAUUCUUAAUAUCUAACCUACUUUUCUUGUCUUUUAGUUUAAAGCCAUUCCUCCUUGUCCUGUCCCUAUCAGGCUGUGUAGAAGUUGGGUUCCCUCCUGCUUAGAAGCUCCUUUUUAACUAUUAGAAGGGCCACUGUGAUCUCCCUGGAGCCUUCUCCAAGCUAAAUAAACUCAGCUCCCUCAGCUUUUCUUUGUAGGAGAUGAGCUCCAGCCUCUCUCACCAUUUUCAUGGCUCCUCUGUGGUCCCUGCCCAACAGCUCUACGUCCUUGUGCUGGAAGCCUUGGGCAGGGGCCCCAUCCAAAGCUUUUUGUCCAGGCUGGAGUGUCAGGCCAAGUAUCUGUGAAGGCUGCUGCAUUAGUGAGCAUGCCUCUGUUGCCGAAAGCAUGUGCGUAUCUUUGCAUCUGGAAAAUGAGAAAGAAAAGGCAAUGGAAAACCUUUGAAAACAGCAUCCCACUGAUGUUGACGUGGAUAUCUUCCUCUAGGCUGAGAUGCUGCCCUUUGUUUCCUGAAAUUAAUUUGUAAGGAUUACUUCAGUGCAGUUUUGCCACAAAGAUUAAUCUUGUAAUGCACAUGCUAUAAUAAAAGCUCUCAUCUGGA